AAAAGGUGAGAUAGACGAUAGCCAGAGAAAAUGGAAGCUAUUAUAUAUUUCAACGGAGAGAGAAACAUCUGAAUGUAAAAUGGCUCAAAUCCAAAUUCAAAUCAGGAGAGUGCGAUGGUCGGCGUGGUUUCUUGGAGCAUCCAACGGUCUGAUCAUUGUCCUGGGAAUCUCCGUCGUCAUGGCGGCGGAGGCCAGUCUUCCGUCAUGCGGGAGGGCCGACAUUGCGGCCAUCUCCGCCAUCGCGUUGGUCUCUUGCGCUAGAAUUCUACAAAUGAUUCGCACUGGAGUCAACCAGAAGGCUUCCGCUCUCACCAUCCUCUCUCCGAAUGCCAAUUCCGAUCCCAAUAUACGCCAGGAACGCCGGAGGAGAUACCGGAGAUGGUUAUGGUGGAGUCGGUUUGCUGCAGUAAUUACCGCACUGCAAUUCCUCGGGGCAGCUUAUUUUCUGUUUAUUCUCAUGAAAUUUAUAUAUCAAGAUGGUCCACCGACUAGUUGUGUUCUAGAGCUUUUCUUAACUGGUCAAAAGUGGCAGCGAAACAUGGUUCUCCUUUUCAUUACCAUGGUAAUUUAUGUAGCCCCAGUCCAAUGUUUCACAGGAUCAGAUGUUUUGAAAUGGAGGUCCUUCUAUGCCACAGAGGACUAUGCAUGGAAGGCACACUAUAGGGAAGUAUUUGAUCAUGGCAUUCGUGAAGCAUUGUGCUGUCUAGGACGGUUCAAUUACUUGACUGCAAUGGAUGAAGAUGAAGUUUACUCAGUAGCCGAGUUUUUGGGUGAUCUUGUUAGUUAUCGUGUUUCGGGAACUGGGCAUUUGGAAUUCUUGGCAGGACUAGCUUUAUUGCAUAGGUAUAGUUCAUCCUCUAAAUUAUGUGAAGAGGCACUACCAGUACCUGAGGAAAGGAUCCAUGAGGCUGCUCUCUUUCAUCCGUUUGCUGAAGCUGCCUAUACUGGUCUGUUACUUGAUGUUGGAAGAAAUCCAAUACUUUUUCCAUUGUCAUGGCUAUGUAGGCAAGGCGUCUUCUCUCCUUGGGCUCGUAAAAGUCGACCUUUACUUGAAGGUGAUAAUUGGUGGCGAGGUCAUGCAGCAGCUUUCUUGAAAUAUGUCAAAUUGACAGAUGAUGUACUUAGAAAGGGACGUGUUAACCAAGAUAAGUGUAAAGCAGCAUACUUCAUUGUUGUUUUGCACCAUUUGAAAACUGUUGUGAUUGCUGUGCGUGGGACUGAGACCCCUGAAGACCUCAUAACUGAUGGGUUAUGCAGGGAAUGCAGCCUUUCUGAAGGGGAUUUAGAUGGUUUAGUAAAUGACAACAAUGUUCAGUUGGGGAUCAUGGAUAGAGAGGCUUCGUCACUAUUGCACUAUGCCCAUGCUGGAGUAGUUGAGGCUGCACGUGAUCUGUAUAUGCAAGUUGAAGGAAAUUCUGUGGAUGGUGGGUUUCUCUCCUCAUUAUUGGGAUCAGGAUGUGAGUGUAGUGGAUAUAGUCUCCGAAUAGUAGGGCAUUCCCUUGGAGGAGCCAUUGCUGCUUUGCUAGGCAUCCGGUUGCACCGACAGUUUCCUAACUUACAUGUUUAUGCAUAUGGUCCUCUCCCCUGUGUGGAUCUAGAGGUAGCAGAUGCAUGUAAAGAGUUUAUUACCAGCGUUGUGUACAACGAUGAAUUUUCAGCACGCCUUUCUGUUGGAUCAAUUAUGAGGCUUCAAGCAGCUGCACUUAAGGCACUAUCACAAGAUGGCAUCAUGGACUUGACCACACUUUCUAAACUCUCUAGACAAUUCAUGUUUCUGACCGUUUGCCAAAAGAACAAGGAUGACCCAAAUCUUCCAGACUCUCUCCAUGAGAGCAGGCGGAAUUCCACUUGGCAAGAAGUUGGUAGAGCAGAAUGCUCAACCAACGCAUCGGCUAGUUAUGCUACACCAUCCACUGGUAUACUGUAUGAUGAUGCUUUCACUCAAUUUAUGGAAGCUGUCCCUUGUCCGGGUAGCAGAUCAUCUUUGAAUCUCCCGGAGAUGUUUCUACCAGGUCUUCUCGUCCAUAUCAUACCACAAAACGAUGGCCAUGAUACGCCUUUCUGGAAGCGAUGGAGAAGUUGGGAGACAAAUUGCACGUUUAAGGCAUAUAUUGCCAAUCGAGAAUCCUUCAGAGAUUUUAUAGUAUCUCCAUCUAUUUUUCUUGAUCAUCUACCUUGGAGAUGUCAUAAAGCUCUGAAAGAAUUGUUAAGGGUACAGAACAGUCAAUUUCAACAUGAGGGAUUGCAAAGCGUACAAUCAACAGGUAGAACAAUCAGCUGAAGGAUCGUGCCGCAUGAAUCCUUUGGUUUAUGUGUUGCAAAUGAAAUCAUGUAUCGUAUUUUGACCUUGGCAAUCCCAAAAGAAAAUUGGAUAAAUUGAAGUGUUAGUUCAUGAAAAAUUUUUGAUGACCAAACUCUAUCUAAGGCUUUAGGCUUAUGAUGUAGGAGGGUUCAGACUUGGUAUAUCAUAUUAAUGUCUUUAGUAAAAUAAUCACAAGUUUUACUAGACAUGAUGUCAAAGAUUGAAGAAGGCAAGACGAUGAUCUUGUUAUGUUCACUGUCUUUUUUCUUU